AUGUUUCGAAUACCUAAAAAAUUGCUUUUCCUCGCAUACAUAACAACGCUGAUGUUGACAUUAUUUACUAUAGCCGAAUCAGUAGCAAUAGACAGAUCUUCAACAUCUCUCGACACAUGUGAACAAUCAUUCUCUACAAAUUCAUGUUCAGAAUGUCAAAAAACUAUAUACUCUUCUCCAAGCAGAGGUGAACUUCAAGGAUGUUUUAUAGAUAGUACUUUUUCUCAUGACAGUGAUUUAUCGAUAACGACAAAUCUUAGCAACAGAUUAAAUACCUUUUGUGCAUUACCAUGUGACGAAAAAAAAGCACUUGAAUUCGUAAAUAAUCUUCAACGUAACUGUAAGACAGAAAUAUCAAAUGCUGUGGAUUUAAUUGUUGUUUCUGUUUAUUCGGCAAUUCCGCAACGAUGUGUAUUAUGUUCUAAGGAUUCUAAUGGCGAAUAUGAUGCAGUAAAUAUAUUAUCACAAACAGCCAUUUUUCUAAAAAACGUGACAAACAACUUUUCGCUAUUCGAUUUCCUACUAAAUGCACAACUACUAUACGCAAAACCUGACGACACAACAUACACCGAAAUAAUCAUACCAGAUCUAAUCCUUUGCAGUGACAGUUACAAAGAAAUCGUAAACAUUUGGGUUAACUACAAUAAACAGAAUCCAUUAACAAUAAAUACAUUACAAAGGUCAUUCGACACUGUAAUUGCGUCUACAAUCGGAAAUCUGUCGGAGACUUGUGGAAUUAGAAUUAAUGACAUUAGAACAAACAAUAAUAAAAAUAACAUCUCUAAUAACGGAACGACGACGACGAACAACAACAGAAAUACGAAAGUUAGCGUUGCAUCGAAAAGUAGUAAUGUUAUAGGAACAAUAAGAGGAAUACUUUGCAUUUGCAUGGCUACGGUUGUGGCAUUGGUGGCUAUACUGUUUUUUUAG